AUGUCAGUGAUUUUACCAUCCCUUUCUCAAGAAAUCGAGAGGUUGUAUGAUGAAGAAAAUGGCCAACCACUGGUCAGCAAAUGUGUAGAGGAAACUCAUGAGUUUAAGACACAGCUCAAGAAAUUGAAAGCUCAUUUGAAUAAACAUAUUCAAGAAGUUGAAAAAGGUGAUGAUGAGAAAAAAGGCAACAAAAGAAGGAAAGAUUUAGUAGUUGAGAAAUUGAAUAAGGCCCACAGGCAAUGGGAUCAUUCAAUAAAGAAGAAUUAUAAGCACGCAUCACAGCAACAUUCAAAGAUUAGCAAAUUUUUGCAGAACAAGUUGCACGAAUUUGAUUUGGAUGAAGUUUAUGUGAAUAAAUUACAUCCUGAAUCAAGGACUAAUAUCGAUAAGGCAAUAAGUUUCCACAUCUCAAGAUAUAACGUGGGGAGUUUACCGGUUAAUGGGAGGCAAGAAAUUAUUGAUUAUUUAGGUCAAGUUUAUGGAGUUACACAGGAUAUUUCUGAAAGGUUUGUUCAAUUAGGUCAAAUAGUACAGGAUCUGAAAAAUGGGGAUACGAGAAGUUGUAUCGAAUGGUGUCAUGAUGAUUCAUUAUUACAGUUUGAACUCUACACGUUAAAUGCUAUGCAACUGUUCCAAAAUGGUGAUGUAUUAAACACUUACAAAUAUCUGACUGAAAAUAUACCUAAUAGUGCUUUCAAAUACAGACAGCAUCAAGUUAUUACACAAGUAUCACCACUAUUAACACAGUUAUUGCUAGGAAAAAGGGCCGAUGAUUUUGAUAACAAACUUCAAUUACAACAAGAGAAAUGCAUCUCUCUGUUCACAAAAGAUUACUGUGCUCAAAACAAUUUACCCUUUGACUCUGCACUUUUCCUAAUUAUUUUAAGUGGGGUUAUUUCAUUCCAAUUCUUUACCAAAUAUAAAUCCAUUAGAGCUUCCGCUCAUGUCGAUUGGACUACAGAGGAUGAGUUGCCAUUUGAUGUCAAGUUGCCUGAGUUUUUAACACGUUUCCAUCCGAUUUUCAUCUGCCCAGUGCUAAAGGAGGAGACUACUUUGGAAAAUCCUCCCUAUUCUCUUCCAUGUCAUCACAUUCUGUCCAAGAAGUCUCUAGAAAGAUUAUCAAAAAAUGGUACCUCCACUUUCAAGUGCCCAUAUUGUCCAGUUAAUGCAUCUAAAGCAAAGACUAAAAAAGUAAAUUUUGUCAUGCUAUAA